UGCUGGGGCUCUAGCGCCCUUAGCAACCACAAUUUUUCCCCCACAAUGCAUCCCUUCUAGAAGUGUAUCGAGCUAAUUUGUUGUUAAAAUUUAACAUUAAACGGGGACAUAACAUUUAAUUCAAGGCAAGUGUUGCCCCUUGUUUGCAUAAUUUGUGUAUUGAGUCAAACGUAGAACGAAUUAUAUGACGUUAUUAAGUAAAACACCACAUAAUACGCCCGACGGCUAAUGUUAGCUUCGGAGAUUCAAGCUAAACGCUAACAACCACAACAACACGGCUUCGGUUCACGUCGUUCUUCAUUUGUGUUUCACGGUGUUAUAAAGUCUGAAGAACAACACGGCUGUGCUUUCAUUCCCAAAGAUAAGAGGCAAACCCGCGUCUGAGGGUUUAAAAGGGGGGUUUUCAGGUGGCUGGAUGAGGCCGGAGGUGACGUGUAAACAAUGGAGAUAGAAAAGAGUAACGCCAUAAUCUUCAACGCUUCAAAAAACGAGCUUUUUACCGCAAUCAAUGGAUUCAAGUCUUUGCAAAAGAAACUCCGAGCUCAGUGGAAAAUACAAAGCAUGAAGGAAAAGGUCAGUAUGGAGAAGUUGAAGGGAGCCCCGUUGUGGAUUUCUGCAGGCCCGAGGGAGAAGUUCACUGCAUCAGAGUUAGAGAUGCUGAAGCAAUACCUGGAUGGAGGGGGGAAUAUCUUGGUCAUGCUGGGCGAGGGGGGAGAGAUGAAAUACAACACAAACAUCAAUUUCCUCCUGGAGGAGUUUGGAAUAAUGGUCAACAAUGAUGCAGUUGUGAGGAAUGUUUAUUACAAAUACUUCCAUCCAAAGGAGGCUUUUGUUUCUGAUGGCGUGUUGAACAGAGCGAUCAGUCAAGCUGCCAGCAAAGUGACCUCAGGACUUAUCGAGGAUGAAAAUAUCGGAAACAAGUCUCAAAAUCUCUCAUUUGUGUACCCAUAUGGAGCCACGCUGAGUGUGAUGAAGCCUGCUGUGGCUGUUCUUUCUACCGGUUUCAUCAGCUUCCCGCUCAACAGGCCUAUCCUGGCCUUCUAUCAGGGAAAAGAGGCUGGCAAGCUGGCUGUUUUGGGUUCCUGCCACAUGUUCAGUGAUCAGUAUAUAGACAAGGAAGGAAAUAGUAAAAUCAUGGAUGUUGUGCUUCAGUGGCUCAUGACUGAUACUAUUCAGCUGAAUCAGAUCGAUGCAGAAGAUCCAGAGGUUGCAGACUACACCAUGCUGCCAAACACAGGGUGCUUGUCAGGACAGCUCAGUGCAUGUUUACAAGAAAGCGACGAGAACCCCAGAGACUCCACCUCCUUCAUUAAGUCUGUGUUAGAUUUAUCAACUGAGACAUUACAGCAAGUCAUAAGUGCUUAUGAGCAGCUGAAUGUGAAGCACGAGCCACUCCAGCUCAUCACACCACAGUUCGAGACUCCUUUGCCUCCGCUUGAACCGGCUGUUUUCCCUCCUGCCCUGAACGACUUGCCUCCUCCUAUGCUGGACUUGUUUGAUCUAGAUGAAACCUUCUCAUCAGAGAAGGCCCGACUCGCACAACUCACCAACAAUUGCACAGACGACGACCUGGAGUUCUACAUUCGCAGAUGUGGUGAAAUUCUGGGUGUGACUCCCAAACUAGAUAAAGAGCAGCGGGAUGCCAAGUACAUACUAGAACAUAUCUUCUUUCAGGUUGUAGAGUUUAAGAAACUCAACCAGGUGGGUGUGGCCUGUCAGUCUGGUGCGAUGGUGCUUCGAGUCUGGUUCAAGUUUAACUUCUCACCUUCAGGAACACGACAUGGAGACAGAGGAACGGGUGACAACAUGACCUGGUCUACGGUCCGAACACGAGCGGGAUGUGGUCCUAGCAAGCUGCCGUCAACGUUCAGAAGACUUGGGAGUGAAAGCAUCUGCAAAUCAACGUUUUCUAUCUUUAUUGUAGUAAAUUAUUAAUUAAAAGACCCUCAUUAGAAUAGUUUUUAGGUGCAUGACUCAAACAUAAUCCAUCCACUUCAUCUUAAAGGAUGCAACAGUAGAUCAUUCUGAUGCCCCAUCAGGGUGAAACCUCAGCCAGGGACUGGUUCUGGGGUUUGGGACUCCACGUCUGCUGCUGAACGCUGGAAUCCACGAAGCACCGGGGGCUGUUGCUCUCCGCUUUAAUCACGGACACGUCCCAAGAGAUCUGCAAGGACGUGAGGUCUCCAUUAGACCGGUCAAAAAACCCAGCGGGUUUAGAAUUCGGCACGGUCACGAUGGGCGUGGAAAAUUUCCCCUGCAUGGGCACGGUCAGGGUGCAGCCAUCAGCCUCUUGUGUGUUGGAGCCGGAGCCCAGAAACGAAAACCCCCGACAAGGAGAAAGGAGAUCCGUUGACAGACAGAGGGAAGCCAGGAUAGAUACUCUGCCCUCAGAUCUGUCCGCUACAGCUUCAUUUGAUGCUCUGGAGAGGGACAGGUACUCCAAAGACAAAGCAGACAGCAAACCCUGUUCUCCAAAGAACUUCCUGUCCAGCUCUGAUGGAGAUGAGCACUCAAAGCUUUUCAGAUCUAGAAAGAUAAGUAGUUAAGAAUGUGAGCUUCUCAUCAAAGGUAGCAACAAAAUCACCAGCAUGCUUACCUUUAAAAACAAAAGCUUUGUCCAUGGUGUCCAUUGGUCUUCAAACACCUGGCCAGCAGCAGGUGGCUUUAAAUGGUUGAAACUGCUUGUUAAUUGGCCCAGCUGGAGGCUGCUCAUCAGUCGGGAUCAGAGGAAACGUUUUCUGUUUGGGCCGAUGUGUGUUUGCAGUUCUGUUUUAAAAAAUACUGUUUCAUUUAUAAAAUGAUUAGAUUGGCUUUUAAAUCUUUAUUGAAAAGAAAACAAGACAAAUUUACAGCACAUGAUCAUAGUAAUCUGCAACUUGGGGCCACAAGAGGCUCUUUGUGUCUCAUAUCUUGGUGAUUAAUUAUAUUUAUUUUCAAAGUUUCAUAAUAAAGGUCUUUGUUUGG